GGAAGUAUCCCCAGUGGGGUUCAGCAUCAUCUCAAGCGAUAAGGCCAACGGUCCGCCGUUGCAGGUGGGGCUGGUCUACAGCACUAUCUUUUAGUGAAGUAUGCUCCCUUUUUCGAAAAUGGCACUAUCUUAUGCGAACAGGGGUGAGACCGGGAAACCUCCCCUCCAUUCUCCCGAGAGGCAGCAAUUGGCUUUUCCCUGGUCCAUGGAUAAUCCGGAUUUGUUUGGAGAUAUGGCACAAUCCGACAUUGGGCCACUCAUGUCAGGGGUAUAUUAGCCCGGCCUUUAUCUCCAGGAGCUUGUCCCCCUGAUAUUGAUCUGGGAUCCUUGAUCACCUUCGAGGUUCACUGAUCAACCUGCCGUGGCAAAUAUGGGAUCCAUCGCCCCUCAAAACCCAGUCCUUGAGCUUACGGCCCUGGAGCUUAUUGGACCCAAAGGGUAUCUGCGUUAUGUAUUCCCCUUCCAACUGCAAGAAGAUUAUGAUUUGAGCGAGGUUGCUACGGCCCUACAAACUGGGUAUGAGGCUCUCGCAGCGCGGAUUCCUGUCGUGGCUUGCGAGGCAGUGCCCGAUCUCGACACGAGGCAGAAAGGUGCGAUGAAGUUCCAAAGACACGACGAGAGUGAUGCAACGCAAAUUGUCAUCAAGGAUUUGCGAAAAUUGUAUCCUUCCCACUACGGCGAGUUGAAACGCAGGUCAUUUCCUGUGGCGGCCUUCGAUGCCGAUACAUUUUGCCGUCGAUCGGUUUGGCCUUCCGCGGGGGAACGCAUGCCAAUUUCUCUUGUCCAGGCCAAUUUCAUUCGCGGAGGAUUGAUUCUCACAUGGUGCAUUUUACACAUGGCAGGAGAUGGCAAUUCCUUUUCUACGUGGACGGCGAUUUGGGCAGAGGAAUGUCGUCGUGCCCAGGGGUUGCAUAUCGAGGAACCCAUUCACCUUCCCGACGCCGUGUGGAAAGACCGUCAGCAAGUGACAAAACCCUCAGGCCGGAACAAGGGCCAACUCGAAGAUCAUCCUGAGUACACCCUCCUCCCCUUCACACCACCAGGGGCGCCACCGAAGAUGACCUCCCUGAACCACCGUGGCCAGGUCUUCUACUUUUCUCCGGAGUCCCUCGCAGCGUUGAAAGCCGAGGCAUCACCUGUUAACGCCACUAAAUCAUCCGACCAGCAAUGGAUAUCGACCAACGACGCUCUUUCAGCACUUCUCUGGCGAACUGUGAUGGCAGUACAGUCACCGUUGGACACAUUGGAGGGUGACCCGGUUUCAGUCUUCAACAUCGCAAUCGACGGGAGACAGCGAACGGACCCUCCAAUUCACCCGGAGACUCUUGGGUGUUUUCUGGAGUAUGUCACCGUUUCACUCCCGAUUCGCAAGAUGCUGAGCACGCUGAGUCUCGCCGACCUGUCUGUCGAGAUCCGAAAAGCAAUCUUGCGAGCCGACAAGCACUUCACGGACGACGUCGUCACUCUGGUUGACCGGCUGGAAGACAUCGACCGCUUGGUCCCAACUGCCUUCCUGGAUACCCCUGGAUACAAUUGUGUACAGACCUCCUGGUUGAACUUCAAGUUGUACGGGCUGGACUGGGGCUCUUUGCUGGGCGGCCGAAUUGAGGCUGUGCGUGUGCCCCAUGUGGGCUGCAUCAACGGAGCCCAGGUUGUGCUCCCAGUAUUGCCGGAUGGUGGGAUGGAAAUUCUGGUGGGGGUAGAAGGGAGUUGCUUGGAUCGCUUGCUGAAUGACCCCUUGUUCACAAAGUAUGCGAUACCCCGGUAGCGGUCAUGAGGGGGCAGUGGGCAGUUUGCGUCUUCUGGAUCGAAAAAGAUCAUUUCCUAGCUGCUACUGGUGGCUGCAGCGUAGGAUCAGCCUGUCUGAUGACCGUUUCUUCUUCAUGACAGGCUUGGUGAGUACCAGGCGGCGAUGCAUUCCUCCAAUAAGCACAAUCCGGUGCGCAUGCAGUAGCACGAAUCAGACAUCACUUUCAAGCAUGCUAUACACCCGUGU